AUCUGACAUUUAUAGUCUGUCUGUCAACUUUAUAUUCUUUGUGGUUUGUGUAUGAGUUGAUGAGUGUGACACAUUUUAUUUUUUCUCCAUUGUAUCUUACUUUUGUAAAAAUUUAUCUCGAUUAAGAAAUAAAAUUCUAGAAUGGUGGACCGCUUAGUUAAUAGUGAAGCCAAUUCUAGGAGGAUUGCAAUGGUGGAGAACUGUUUCGGCAGUUCAGGCCAGCCAUUAGCAGAACAAGGCAGGGUCCUUGUUGGAGAGGGUGUCCUUACAAAGAUGUGCCGAAAGAAACCUAAAUCUCGUCAGUUCUUCCUCUUCAAUGACAUAUUAGUUUAUGGCAACAUUGUAAUAAAUAAAAAGAAAUACAACAAACAGCAUGUUAUACCAUUGGAAGAAGUGAAGCUGGAAUCACUGAAAGAUGAAGGAUAUAACCGCAACGGCUGGUUAAUCCGCACCGCGUCCAAAUCCUUCGCAGUGUACGCCGCCACAGCAACGGAGAAAGAGGAAUGGAUGGCACACAUAGAGAAAUGCAUAGAGGAUUUGCUCCGAAAAAGUGGCAAACAACCGCCAUCAGAACAUGCUGCCGUAUGGGUACCUGACAAUGAAGCUUCUAUCUGUAUGCACUGCAAGAAAACACAAUUUACUGUCCUCAACAGAAGGCAUCAUUGCCGCAAAUGUGGUUCUGUCGUAUGCGGUCCAUGUUCAUCCAAAAAGUUCUUGUUACGCGGCCAAAGCGACAAACCUCUGCGUGUGUGUCUACAGUGCUUCGAUGAGCUCAGCAAAGAACGUGUCCGCCCGCCAAACCAGCCGCAGACAUUGACCAACAGUCCAUCGAAACCAGUGCCAGACACUGCAGGCUCCGGCGGCGAUUCGUCAGCCGAUGAUGAUGACAGCGAAGAUGAUGACGAGCGUGUCAAUACCGAAGAGAAACACGAUGAGGGAUUUACAAGUUAUAAUGGUGUGAAAAACGGAUUCGGAAAAAAAGUGACAACCGUAUAGUACAAAAUGACUUUGUCCAAAGUUCUAUGGUGACGGAGAAAAGACUGAAGAGAGCAACAACCAUUCGUCCAAGGAGUCCGCCAAGUGAGAUAGUUCACGUAACGUGCUGCUCUACAGGCCUACAGAUAUACAAUUUUAUAUACAACUAGACACAUUUUCGAGUUACGGUUUCUCUAUUUAGCGUUUCUACUAACAAUCCGGUCGUAUAAUGUUUUUUCACCGUAAAGGCCUUUUCUAAAUUAGAUAUAUUGUUUUAGAUAACAAUUUUUCAUGAUUUUCUACACGUAAUUUUGAUAAAAAAGUAAUAUUGUUUGAUAUAUUCCUAGGUGAGCAUAUUUAAAUGAAUACACAUUCGUAGAUUUCUGAUAAAAUCUACUUAAACGAAAUACGUUCAUUCUAACGUGAACAAGGCUGUAUCUCUUCAUAUAUUGUUUUGCAGCUUUAAAACCGCUCAAAUGUAAACCGAGGGGUCACUUUUAAUUUAAAUUAUAUUUAUUAUACAAAUCUAGGCUAUAGACAUCUUAUCACGGUUCUAAUUUUUUGUAACAUUAAUUGUUUAGGCUUAGUCAUAAUGUUAUUGUCAAGACAUAUUUACAUGAGUUAGCAUAUUUUAUUGUAAACUUUAUUAUAGUUUAUAUUUUGCUAUUACAAUUGUUGGUUAUUGCAAUUUAUCGUGUCGCUGCUUUGAAAUGUACUAAAACGAAAUGUCUGCUUCAAAUUUCAUAAAAUAUGUUAGCAAAUAUCACAUAAUGUCGAACACUCGAAGAAAAUGUGAAUUAUUUUCAUUAUAUUAUUGAACUAUUAAAAUUCUUUGUAUAAAACAGGUUAUUUUUUAACAGUGCACAUCUUCUUUAGAUUAUCGUAAUUGAAACGACGCAUAAAUAAACUAUUAUUCUAUUUUCAAAAUUUUUUAUCCUAUAAACAUUGUUUUCAUUUUAUUCAAUACUUCUCUUAUCGUUGUCAUUUCGCUUGAAAGUACAAUUGUCAGUAUUCUAAUUAACAUAUUUGAUCAGCUGUAUUUUUUAUUACAUUAAUAAUUAAAAUAUAGAUUCUAACAAGUUCUGCUCCAUAAUUCGAUACCUAAUAGUUUUUAAGUGCUCUUAUUGAUAUCUUAGUGAUAAUCUUUUUAAAAAUUUACUAUAAUCAUUUACAUUACAAAUACGAAGUAGAUAAACACAUUACUGCAUAUCAAAGCAUCACACUAUUUUAGUUAUCUGAUAUUUUGUAAACUAAUGCUAUUACGUUGUAUGUAUAUUAGAACUUUAGAGGUAAGUGGUGCAAUGUGUAAUUAUUUGUUUCAUUUGAAACACGAUAAGCUUCGUCAAAGAGAACGCGGAAAACCGCAAAUAAUUCUUCAAUGUGUGUAUUAAAUGAAACGCGUCCAAACGACACUAUUAUUUAUAGAUUUUUGCGGUCUCUUUGCUUGAAAACCUGUUAUAUAGUAGAUCAUUUAUUAUUGAACUUCUAUUUAAUGUUCAUAAAAAUUCACAAUAUAAAAAAAGUUAAGUAUUUAUUUAAAUAACAUAGGCCUACAUGUUAACAAGUUGCAGAUACAAAAAAUAUUACUAAGUGUAAUAUCCUAAGAUAUUUUUUAAUAUUCGGUUGACAAAUAUACAAUAAUAUUUUUAA